CAGCCUGUUGUGGUUCUACUUGAGAAGCACAGGGCCCCCCAGCGCCUCUGCAGCCUGUGACACCCAGGCCAGCUUUUCAGCAUUCAAACUUAGAAGACUCCAAACUGAAAAAGUAUAGAGACGAAAAGUCUAGUCUCCCCAGCCCUGGAUACAGCCACUGAAAGUAUUUGGUCUAUUUCCUGCUCGGCAUUUUCCUACACACACUUCUUGGCACCCUAAGUCUGGAUAUUCCGGGCCGAGUGGGGGCUGGUAUCUGCACCUUCGCGUAUCUCCGCUGGUAUCUUGUCCUGGAAGGGUCUUGGGGUGGGGGUGAAGGACACGACGUCAACAUUGCUGCCCCCUGUGGCUCUCCCGGGAGAGUUAGCCACCCUGGGUCGGGCCAUCUAGAUAGGAGAGGCGGGACAAAGCAACAGCAGCGCUCCGGUGGAUUCACCCGGACGUACUAUCCCGGGGUCUCCCCGCCUGUAAGGCCGCAAGGUCGCUGUGGGUCCGGGCCCCUCGCAGGCUGUCGGGGUUCGGGCAGGGGCGGGGCGCGCCGCGCGUUGCGUUUCCGGGAGGAGCGGCCCGUCUGCGGCAGGUGCGGCGGUGCGGCUCGCAGGUAGGUAUUGGUUCGCAGGUCCCGCGGCUGGGGUUCCAGCGCCGCACCUGCCGGGCUUCCCUAACCCCAACCCCGGGAUCUCCGCCCCGGUGGUCGCACCUUCGGGCUGUUGUGUGGAGUGGCGACCGCACGCGUCUGUCUGGGACGGCUGUGUUCCCGAGCACCCACUAGAGCCAAGAUUUGCUCCUAUGGCCAGCCCCGGGCAGCCUGCGCCUGGGGAGGGCCAGCAGGAAGAGGAGACAGAGGGAGUCUCAGCAGGGCAUCGUGCAGAGGUGCUGCGGCAGGCCCAGGAGCUCUUCCUGCUGUGUGACAAGGACGCUAAGGGCUUCAUCACUAGGCGGGACUUACAGGGCCUACAGAGUGAUCUGCCCCUUACGCCUGAGCAGUUGGAGGCUGUGUUUGAAAGUCUGGACCAGGCCCACACUGGCUUCCUCACAGCCCGGGAGUUCUGCCUAGGCCUGGGGAAGUUUGUGGGGGUGGAGUGGGCCCAAAGUGGGUCCUCCUUGAGGACGCCUGAGGAAACCUUUGAGUCAAGCACAGGGGGCUCUCUGGAAGAGGACGACGAUGUUGAGACAUUCUGCACUUCUUUAGAGAAGCUGGGAGUGGCCCGGGUUCUGGGCGAGCAAUGGGCGGUGAGGACACUCUGGGUCGGGCUGCAGCGCGAGCGACCCGAGCUGCUGGGCUCCCUGGAGGAAGUUCUGAUGCGAGCGUCGGCCUGCCUGGAGGCGGCGGCCCGGGAGCGCGACGGUUUGGAGCAGGCGCUGCGGCGGCGGGAGAGUGAGCACGAGAGGGAGGUGCGCGGACUCUACGAAGAGCUGGAGCAGCAGCUCGGGGAGCAGCGACACCGCGGCCGGAGCCAGAAACUAGCCCAGGAGGAACAGAGGGGCCACCUGGAACUGGAGCUGCAGACCCGCGAGCAGGAGCUGGAGCGCGCAGGCCUGCGGCAGCGGGAGCUGGAACAGCAGCUUCAGGCUCGGACUGCGGAGCAGCUAGAGGCACAGGCCCAGCACACCCAGCUGCGUAGGGCCUAUGAGGCCGUGCGAGCACAGCUGGAUCAGGCGCAAGAGCAGCUCAGCCGACUGGAGGGCGAAGCGCAGGGUCGUCAGGAGCAAACCCAAAGAGAUGUGGUUGCUGUCUCCAGGAACAUGCAGAAGGAGAAACUCAGCCUCCUAAGACAGCUGGAGCUGCUGAGGGAGCUGAACGUGCGGCUUCGGGAUGAGAGAGAUGCCAGUGAGACUAAGCUGCUGGGCAGCAGUCACAGGAAGGCUCUAGCUAUUGCCCACAAGCCUGGGCCCACCUACUGCUGCUGCUGCUGUGGCUGGGCUCGGCCCCCCAGAAGAGGUUCUGGCCAUCUUCCCAGUGCGCGAUGACCAGCCCCAAAUGACUCACUGGGACUUUCUUUUGACCAGAAGGCAUCACCUGCCUGAAGGAGCUAACCUCUGAGUGGUCAAGGCCUUCCGUCUCCAUCCUGUCUUCAUCUCUGUUUAGCGGACCAAUAAAGGCCACUGACCACUGUG